AAAGUCAAUGAUUAACUGUCUCUUUCAUUGUUCUGAGUCAGAGACACUCCUGUUUGCCUGUCCUUUUUUAACGGCAACCUACUUUUUGGUGCAAAGAGUACACUUAUCAAACUAAAAGAGUCAAGAUUAUUAAUGCACAAUUUUUCACAAUACAAUUUAUAUGGAUAUGAAGGUGCUAUUAAUAUCAGUUCUACUAGGAUUUGUCCCUCAUGUCAGAUCGAAAACAGACAGCAAUAUAUGUAUUUCUGCAAACGCCAAAACAUGUGGAGAGUGUAUUCAGAUCGAGCCACAGUGUGCGUGGUGCAAAGAUCCUGGUUUCAAACAUUCACGUUGUGAUGACAGAGACUCUCUGGAAAAGGUUGGGUGCACUCCACUCGGCAUAGAAAACCCUCGAGGAACGGUCACCAUUGACAAAAACAAACCCGUCACAAACCGUAAAGUUGAUGGAGGACAGAAUCUGAGGCCUGAUGAGAUCACCCAGAUCCAGCCACAAAAACUCACCCUGAACCUACGAUCAGGUGAAUCACAGAAGUUUACUCUCAAGUUCAAGAGGGCAGAAGAUUAUCCCAUCGAUCUGUACUUCCUGAUGGACCUCAGCGACUCCAUGGACAUAAAUCUUAAAAAUGUCAAGAACCUGGGAACCGAACUUGCCAGAGAGAUGCAGCACAUCACAAAAGACCUGCGGAUAGGUUUUGGUUCAUUCUUGGAGAAACUGGUUAUGCCUUACAUUCUGAUGACACCGAAGUUUCUGAAGAACCCAUGUUUUCCAAGACACUGCUCACCACCCUUCAGCUACAAAAAUGUCCUAAAUUUGACUGACGAUGGUGCAUUGUUCACCCAAGAGGUCAGCAAGCAGCAAACCUCUGGAAACCUGGACUUCCCAGAGGCAGGAUUUGAUGCAAUCAUGCAAGCUGCUGUCUGCACGGAAGUGAUCGGCUGGAGGAAUGUUACUCGCCUCCUUGUGUUCUCCACGGAUGCUGGAUUCCAUUUUGCUGGAGAUGGAAAACUGGGUGGCAUUGUUCGACCAAAUGAUGGGAAAUGCCAUCUGGAGAAUAAUAUGUACACCAUGAGCAAUUUCUUUGACUACCCCUCCAUCUCUCAGCUGGUAGACACACUGAGUGACAACAACAUUCAGACCAUCUUCGCUGUGACACAGCAAUUCAGAGAUCUUUAUCAGGAGCUUUCUGCUCUAAUCCCUAAAUCAGCAGUGGGGACACUGUCUACCAACUCUUCCAAUGUCAUCCAGCUCAUCAUUGAUGCAUAUAAUUCUUUGUCCUCAGAGGUCAUUCUGGAGAACAGUAGGCUCCCGGAAAAUGUGUCCAUCUCCUACAUCUCCCACUGCAAGAAUGGAGUGAGUCAAGAAGGAGAAAAUGGGAGAAAGUGCUCUGACAUCUCCAUCGGGGACGAGGUGAUGUUUGACAUAGAAAUCACGGCUAAGGGCUGUCCAUCUAAAGGUAAAUCAGAGACUAUAAAGAUCAACCCGCUGGGCUUCAGCGAGAAGGUGGAGAUCGUCCUCAACUUCAUCUGCGAAUGUGAGUGUCGUAAAGAAGGAAUCCAAAACAGUCCCGAGUGUAGCGACGGCAAUGGCACUCUGGAGUGUGGAAUAUGCAGGUGUAAUGAAGGCCGAUUAGGCAGAUUAUGUGAGUGCAGCCAAGACGAGGUCCCAACUGACGAUCUGGACGCGAAAUGCCGCGGGGAUAACAAAUUGGACAUCUGCAGCAACAAUGGAGAAUGUGUCUGUGGAACAUGCGAGUGCAAGAAAAGAGAAAACCCAGAGGAGAUAUACAGCGGAAAGUUCUGUGAGUGUGACAACUUCAGCUGUGACCGCUCCAACAACCAGCUCUGCGGAGGUCAUGGCCGGUGUGAGUGCAAAAAGUGUAUCUGUGACGCUAACUACACCGGAAGUGCUUGCGACUGCUCAUUGGACACCUCAACCUGCCUGGCCAGUAACAAACAGAUCUGUAACGGUCGGGGCAUCUGUGAGUGCGGCGUGUGUAAAUGUACCGACCAAAAAUUUGAAGGUCCAACCUGUGAAAUCUGCCCAAACUGCUCCAGAAUUUGCAAUCAACACAAGGACUGUGUUGAGUGCAGACAAUUUCACACGGGUAGCAAGAAACAAACAUGUGAGGAAGACUGUAGAUCCUUCAAUAUUACAUUAGUGAAGACUAAGGAGGAACUUCCUCAGCCGAAUGGCCAGCCCAUCAAUACAUGCAAAGAGCGCGACGUUGACGACUGCUGGUUCUUCUUCACCUACACAACCAAAAACGAUGACAGCUUCGAUGUCUUUGUGGCUGACAUAAAGGAGUGUCCCUCUGGCCCUGAUAUCAUCCCCAUUGUGGCGGGUGUGGUCACAGGAAUCGUUCUGAUUGGUUUAGCACUUCUGCUCAUCUGGAAGCUGCUCAUGAUUAUUCAUGACCGCAGAGAGUUCACCAAGUUCGAGAAAGAGAAGAUGAAUGCCAAAUGGGACACAGGUGAAAACCCCAUCUACAAGAGUGCUGUGACAACUGUGGUGAACCCCAAAUAUGAGGGAAAAUUAUAGAUCUUAAGGAUGGCUUGGAGCAAUGGUUCCCAACCGGUCUUUGCUUCAUCGCCCAUAUUUUGCAUUGGUGACCUAAUACAGUAUCAUAAAUUGUAUUUAAUGUAAUCAGGGGCAUGUUGUGACAUUGGACAAAAACACCUUUUUGGAUGCCAACAACAAUUUUAUCAACGCUUUAAAAUUUUGAUAAACUAUUUAUUUUGUGGUUUUAGUGUUUGCCUUCUGUCCAUUACCCAGUCAAAUGCAUUUUUUGAGUCCUAGCCUACCAGUUGAGAACUUAAUUGUAAGCUAGU